AAGCGGGCAGCUUUCCACCUGUACAAUAAGGGCACCACAUGAUUCCUUUGCUCCUCACUGUGAGCCCGACAUAAUCCACAAUCCAUUCAGUAUAUGCCACACGAUGGCCUUCACACACACCAGCGCGAUGAGCCUCCAUUAUCUCGAGGAGGUCUCUAGUGGAUGUGGGGACCGCAUCUCAUUGUCAAUUCGCUGGAACGACGCACGUCUAGUCGUCCACCUCGAUCCCUCUGCCACGGGAAACGCGAUAGAAGAUUCCCUGAUCGAAAAAUACAACGCCGCAUGCAUUGUCGAGGACUGCGACGAGGAGGAGGCAAUGUCUGAGCAGAUCCUAGACGCCAUUGUCGAAGCCGGAAGGCCAAUUUUUGAUCAACUUGCCCCUCGUCCGGUCAUCAGUACCUCUGCGCCAUCCGACCUUCAUUCUCUUCUCUUCCCAAAAGAGUACACCUUUCGUUUUCGGACUCUGGACAACACGACAAGGUUGAUUCUCACGGCCAAGCAUUCCCCGUCUGAAAAUAGGCCAGCACCGGAGCCAUUGGAGCAGCCGUUCCAUCUCACAAUUGGCGAGGGCACGAAUCUGCCCAAAUUCUCGACCAAAGAUAUUCGUGUUCUGGAAAAGCUACUCGGCGAUGGUUACAUUGCCCGUGUUUUAGUAAACGGUCAAGAAAUGUGCUCCAAGGUUGGGAACGACUUACGAGCGGACUCCGCGCAGAGGGAACUCACCACCCUCUUGAAGAUUACCACCUCACAAUACGCGGAUGCCCUCCGUGUACCGAAACUCCGAGGCCUAGUGCAUACACCAGAUGACGGGAGAAUCAUUGGGUUCCUAGAGGACUAUGUCCCCUCUGAGGACGGCUCAGAGCUGUCUAAUCUUGGAGAUAUAGAAACGACAUCAUCGAUUGCCGAGGCACGGAGGAAAAAGUGGGCCUUGCAGGUCCAAGAAACAGUUCAUCUGCUGCACCAAAUCGGUAUCACUUGGGGUGAUGGCAAAGCCGGCAAUGUGCUCAUUGACCAUGAUACCGACGAUGCAUGGAUUAUUGACUUUGGAGGUGGAUGGACAGAUGGUUGGGUUGAACAGGAGUUGAGCGGGACUAUAGAAGGGGAUGAGCUGGCUGUGAGAAAGAUCUUUGAGUUCUUGGGUGUUUGAUGAUUGUAUUGAUUCGUGCACACUAUUUAAUGAUUCGAUCGUGGGCAAAUGGUAGUAUUAGAGGGUUAAGUCUGGACAUUCCAUAUAAUACCAGACAUUUUCAGGCUCAGGGAUAGAAUCGAACACCCGCUCAAGAACUGGGAGCCUGGUCAUACCAUUACGAUCGCAGGUAUGAACAACGGCACUCGCAACAAGACAAAGGAUAGAAAAUACUUAGGCUGACAUCUCCC